CACUUGUUUUGAUUGAUUCUGUCAGGUGAAGUGAAGCUGGGGUCAGCUGAAUUUAUUCUGCUAUAUUAUUACUUUUUCUGCAUAAACAUACAAAGUUGUAAAGUUGUUUAUAUUAGAGUGCGCAAUAACAUUGUUCCUUUAGACUUUAGGCCCAUUCUCGAACUUAAGGCAAAUUACAACAUCUAUCUAUCAUCUAAUUUUAAGUUUGCAUUCUCGAUCAAAGCCUUAUUCAAGUUAUAGGUCGUAGAAGUAAAAGUGCAACAUGCAUGCAAUGGGCAUGGGCCCCGAGUUUUUCCAGUUUAUGAAGAAACUGGAAGAAAAUGGUGACAAGCUGGUAUCUACUACUCCCUCUGAGCCGUCACUCGAAUUUGAAUUUAAUAACUCAACUUGUCAUGUGUGCAAUGGGUAUUACGGGCCGAGUUUCGGGGAGCCAGUUUGUGUAACUUGCCACGCUUUCCUCUUCCCGGAUUUCCCGUCAUAUUUGCCUUCAUCAUACUUCUACAGUGAGAAGACAGAUGAUGGUGACUCAGGAAACGAUGAGCCUUCUGACUUGAACUAUAGUUCUGAACGUAAGAUCAACAGAGACAACAGAGCAUGCCCUGUACCCUCCUGGUGGUAUUACAAAAGCUCACUGGACAGUGAAACAAGUCCAGAAGAUGAAGCAAGCCGGGCUAGUAACUCAGGGGCAGGUGCAAGCAGCAGUGGCAAUUGCAGUGGCGUCGGCGGUAAUGGCGGGCCCAGCCGACAUGACGGGCCCAGCCGACACGACGGGCCUAGCAGGCCUGAUGGGCCCAGCCGACACGACGGGCCUAGCAGGCCUGAUGGGCCCAGCCGACACGACGGGCCCAGCAGGCCUGACGGACAAAGCCGGCCUGAUGGCCCUAGUCGGCCUGACGGGCCUAGUCGAUCUGAUGGCCCGAACCGCGCUGAUGUCCCAAGUCGUGAUCCCGGUCGCGGUGACGUGCUCGCUCGCGCAGAUGCUGCUAAUAUUCCAGUUGUGGCUGACACGUCGGCCCGUGCGGACGUGUCAAACCGUGCGGAAAGCGCCGGCCGUGGUGAUGCGCCGGCUAGAGACGACAGAGUCGGGUUAGGGCCUCCGCCCCACCCGCCUUGCCUCGCACGUUCGUUACAAGCGUUGUCGACGCCGAGGCCACCUGAUAAUCUUGCUCCGGGACUUGUGGAGCAGUUGCCAUCUGAAGUGUUGCUGUGCAUCUUCAGCUACCUAGACGACCUGUCUCUGUGUGCGUGCGCGUGCGUGUGUGCGCGGUGGUGGCGGCUCGUGCGAGCUCGCGUGGCGCCGCCGCGCUGGGCCGCCUUCACGAACCGCCGGUUUCCUCUCUACCGGCCUAUGCUCGCUAAUAUUGAUUGGCACAAGAAAUACCAAUGCCUGGUGGAGUCGUGUUUCUGCCGCAACUGCUUGGUACAGAUGUGUGUGCAGGCGCAGCCCGCCGGAGAAGAGAACGCUUGGCGCCGGAACAGACUCAGGAUUGAGCUUAAGAUGUUACGCAACGACCCCCCGGAAGGCAUAGCGGCGACCCCGCUGGACCCCAAGUGCUGCCACUGGCAGGCGAGCGUCACGGGACCCAUCGGCUCGCCCUACGAGGGCGGAGUCUUCUAUCUCUACAUACAGGUGCCCUACGCGUACCCAAUGAGUCCCCCAGUGGUCCGCUUCUUAACGCGCAUUCUGCACCCGAACAUCUCCCGUCACGGUGACGUGGGCAUCGACUCCGUACAUCACAACUGGUCUCUGGCUCUCACCAUCAGCAAAGUGCUCAUAUCUAUACAGAGCUUGCUGACGGAUCCUUAUACUGCGGUAUGCAUGGAGCCCGAGUUAGGCGAGAUGUACGUACGCGACCGGCAACGCUUCGAGGCUCUCGCUCGCAACUGGACGUGGCGGUACGCGAUGCACGACAUACUGUCUUAUUGAGUGACAACACUAAUGGAGGACAUAAUGAGUAGCAGAGAUGCCAUAACGGAAAAUCUCCUUAGAAAAUAGCGCGCCAAACAAAACGCGGGCGUGAUUCGGACGUGGAAUGUUACUGUCUCCGCUCUUACACAUCUUCUUUGGAACCCAACCAUUUUUGUAAGACCAAAAAUCUUGACAGAUUUCUUGAUGUACUCGAACACAUCGUUAGUUCACUCGUGAAUGAUUGUUUUGGUCAUGACCGUCGCGUUGUAUGUCAUCGACCUAGAAAGAGCUUGGCCUACUUGCAUUAUGGCAUCUCUGCUCACCUCUUUUCACCUCUGAUGUAUCGAGUCUCGGAGUGUCGAGACCAGUGAACAACGUUAUGCCUAUAAACUGCCGGAAAAUUAACAAACUUUAUCGCCUUUGUAGUAAUGGCUUCGAGAGAUAUGGUUGAAUUUGUGAUACAGGUGUCUGAGUCCAGUUUGUAACAAUGACAAGCUAUAAUUAUAUUGCCGGACUGAAAGGGCUUUGAUAAUAAACAUGGAUUAAAGUUACUCCAGGAAUAACCAUACAUUUUCAUAAGUAUAAAUUUGGAAUAACUUUAAACCAUGUUUAUACAAGGGGGAAUGAUUUUAAUUUAUUUUUAUAGAUAGUUCCAACUGCUCCUGCUCCUGGUGAAAUCAGGUGUUUAGGUUAGUGUAACGUUUUUACUUUUUCAUAAAGUCCAAUAUAUUCAUGUUUUUAUACUUUUAUGUACUAUCUAACCUAUAUUAGUUUUGUAAACAACACUCGAAAUGCAUGAGAUAAAAGACAAUUAUUAUAAAUAAAUACACAUCACAUUUAAUGUAGAACGGCUGUGUACUUCCAAAUAAAUGUUAUGGAAGACUAAAUUGUAUAAUGCAAUAAAAAUAUUAAAAUUAUGA